UUUUAAACCGUAAAUUUGGCUUAAAAUGGAGUUUUAUCACAUGCAGGUAACGCAGACUUCAUCAUACAAAUUGUUUGACCUCAGGACACGACCAGACUCAAAAAUACCCAAAAUUUAUAAAUUUAUAAAUUUCUAUAUAUAUAAAUGAAGGUUUACCAAUUAAAUGAUCAAGGGUGGGAGUUAGUUAGUAAAUCAUUUCAACUGAUCAUCUUCAUCAUUUGUUGUUUUUCUUUUGAUUCAGACGUUUUAUUCAGAUUUAGUUCUACUUGGUUAGUCCCAGAAGUGAUAAUAAUACCCUAUAUCAACCUUUAUUCAUUUACAUCACAGAUCUUACUGUUAUCUUGUGAACGUGGAAUUGUCAUAUUUAUCCCUGAUUUAAACAACUUAUUACCUCGAUUCAAUCAUGUCAGAGAUCAAUAACGCUGACUUUAAGCGUAAAUUAUCUAUGAAUACUCCUCAGGCUCAAUCGAUUGCAUCAUCUCCUUCAUUAUCACCAUCACCUCCCCCAGCAUAUGAACAUUCUCAAGCAAAUGUAGCCAAGACUGUUCCUAGAUUCGUUAGUCAUCCUAAUUCUCCUCAGUUAAGACCUUCCACUAAUGGGUCCAAAAAUAAUAAUGAUGAAGAUUUAGUCUCUGCGGCUGAAGCUUUAACUCAAUUAAAUAGAAGUGUUACCCCUCCAAACUCCGACCCUACCACUUCUCCAACUCCUCAACAUCCAUUAGUUACUAAAGUUAAUCAAGUUUCUAAACAUCCUAUUGUGACCCAUGCUGUUAAAUAUUAUGAACAUACCAAGAGAAAUUAUGCCUCAUUUGGUUAUGCGGCUGAAAUUGUCGAAAAAACUGCUAUACCUGUGGUAUCAAAAAUUGAAGAUAAUCUUAAUAGUAGACAUCAAAGACUGUUAAAGAAAGCUGCUGCUGCUGUCCAUUCCAAUUCAAGUUCUACCACUUCAUUGGCUUCUCUUACAUCUAUUAAUAGUGAAGCUCAAAAUACUAAGAAAAGAAGAAGAUUCUCGGGUAAUGCCAAUACAAACCCAUUAUCUGUAUCACUUGAAACCAAGAAUAGAAUUCAAUUCUGUUUACAUAUUUUGAGAUUGGCUAAUGAAAGUAUCAAUAGUAAAGUUAACUUUUUACAACAAAAAGUGAGUGAACGUGAAGAAUAUGUUAAAUCAGAACGUGAAAAAGAAUAUCAACAACAACAAUCUCCUAUACUUCAACCUACUGAAUUAGUUAAUUCUGAAGCUAUUCAAACCAAAACUGAAAUCGUCACUACUGUGAAAAAGAUUAUUCGUUUAAUAUCUAAUUUCAAACCAUCAUCCUUAAAUCCUGAAGCUUUAUCUCCAACUCCAAGUAAUGCUUCUGAAGAUAAUGAAUUAAAAACAACCAUCAGAGAUAUAAUAUUGAAUUUACCUAAUGCUUUCCAACAAAGCACCAUCACCAGCAGUGAAUCUGCCAAACAAGCCAAUGAUAGGAUAAUAUUAUUCGCUAAAGAAUCUCUUGAUAUGAUAGGGAAAUUAACCAAUGUAUUAAAUGAUCAAUUGGUUAAAGCUGAAGAAUGGGUAGCAGGAGCUGAAGAAAUUCAUUCUCAAGCUCAAGGCCAAGCCGUGACUCAAACUCAAUCUGAACCCGAAAUUGAUAGUUCGGGUAGUUUUGAAGUAACAAAGACAAGUUCCCAGUCUACUAUUGAAGAAUCAUUAGAAGAAUAUAAUACGUUUGAAACUAAAAGAAUAAAAAUCGAAGAUUCAGAGAGGGAAAAGAUGUUAAUCGAUAGUUAGUUAACAUCUUUGAAUUUUUUAAAGUUUUUUAUUGGGUUUAAUUUUUUUGCAUAUUUCGUAUUUUGGGUUUCUUGUUGCAUUUUUUUUUUUUAUUUUAUUUUGAUCUGAUUUCUAGUUAUUGUCAUUUUCUUAUUGUUUUGACAUUUUUGAC